AUGGUCCAGUCUAUCGGUCUGUGGUUUUGUCUGAACCUGCUGCUGUUAACGGACGCAAAGAGCGUCGGCCAACCCGGCGGUCAGAGCGAGAUCCUCGUCAAACUGGAACCCCUUUGGAUCACCAAGCAGCUCCGGACCGUGGACGCCCCCAACCAGAGCCAGCCCCUCCCUGAGAUGCUGGAUCUGGACGUGGACCGGAACCGCCGCCUGGCCCGCGGUGCCGAUGAGGAGGAGCAACAGUCCACCUUCAGCCAGUCCUUCGAGAACGACUCGGUGACGUCGCCGCAGGCCACCGAGUUCGACAACGGGACCAAAGUGGGAGGAGGGGAACACAGUGAUGAUGUCAGUCACCAUGAUAACACCUCCAGCUCGGACCGCGACCCUCCGGGACUCUUUAACCCAUUCUACCCGCUGGCGGAGAGCUCGUACUCGGCCUACGCGGUGCUCUUCCUGGCCGGCCUGGUGCUGGCAGUGGGCGUGGUGGGAAACAUGGCGGUCAUGUGUGUCGUCUGGAACAACUACUACAUGAGGUCGGCCUGGAACUACCUGCUGGCCAGCAUGGCAUUCUGGGACUUCCUGGUCCUGGUGCUCUGCCUCCCUGUGGUGGUCCUCAACCAGCUCUCCCAUAGGAGGAUCCUCGCCGACAUCACCUGCCGUAUGGUGCCAUAUAUGGAGGCCGUGUCUCUGGGCAUCACCUCCUUCACUCUUUGCGCUCUGGGCAUCGACCGUUUCCUCGCCGCCACCUCCUCGUCCCAGCUGAAGGCCCGGCGGGUGGAGCGCUGCGGCGCCGUGCUGCUGAAGCUGCUGCUGGUGUGGCUCGGCGCUCUGACGCUGUCCAGCCCCGAGAUCUUCCUGUGGCAGCCGAGCCGGGCCAUGUCUCCGUCCACGGGCCGGCUGGUCGAUUCCUGCACCCUCACCACCUCCUCGCCGCUGUCCCUCUACCUGCCCGACUCCCUCCACUCACUGCUGCUCAGGUAUCACCAGGGCCGGAUGUGGUGGUGUUUCGGCUGCUACUUCUGCCUCCCCAUCCUCUUCACCGUCCUCUGCCAAAUGGCCACCCGCAACGUCAACAGCGACUCAAGCUCUGCCCAGAAGCAGCGCGGCCAUGACGACCGCUCGUCCAAUCAGAAGCGGCAGCAGCACCAGGCGGUGGAGCGGCAGCUGAACUGCACGCUGUUGGCGCUGGCGGUGGUGUACGGCGUCUGCGCGCUGCCCGAACACGUCUGCAACAUCACGCUGGCCUACACGCACAUCAGCGUCUCCGAGGACACGGCCGCCAUGCUGGCGCUGUUGCAUCACUUCCUGUUGUUCUUCAAGUCGUCGGUGACGCCGGUGCUGCUGCUGUGUCUGUGUAAGGCUCUCGGUCAGGCCUUCAUGGACUGCUGCUGCUGCUGCUGUCAGGAGUGUCAGCCAACCAGCGCCCAGGGAUCGCCAAGCUCCGCCCAGGUCAAGCUGAAGGCAGCCAAUGAGACGUCUAUCUUCUUCGACAAGGCUAAAGACACGUCAGCCAUCUUGUCCAUCUCCAGCUAG